GGGCACCGUCCAGGCCAUCCGAGCUGUGCUUUUGGAUGCCGAGAAGCAGCAAUGGGACAAGAAGCAGGUCAAGCUCUGGCUCAAGAGCCUCAAGGACGUGCUGUAUGACGUCCAGGACUUGCUCGACGAUGUCGCGACUGAAGAUCUGAGGCGGAAGGUCACUCCCGGCAACAAGAUGUCGAAAGCGGAGGUCUUGGAAAAACCGCACUUGCACGACUAGUGUACAACGAUGGGGAGGUACGACAACACUUUGAGCUUAAGAUGUGGGUGUGUGUAUCUGAUGUCUUUGAUGUGAAUUCGAUUAUCAAAGAUAUUCUUAAGUCAGCGGGCUGUCAAGAUCUUGAGAAUAAGACUUUAGACGAAUUGCUGAAUCUUCUUCGUGAGACUCUAAGUACGAAGAAAUACUUGCUUAUUUUGGAUGACUUGUGGAAUGAAGACCGGAAUAAAUGGUUGAAGCUUGGAGAUUGGCUAGAGGGUGGUGAACGGGGAAGCAAGGUACUUGUAACCACUCGUAGCCUCAGAGUAGCAGAGGUGACGGAUGCGAGAUCAGUUAUCCAUGUUCUACGUGGCUUAUCUGAAGAUAAGCCGUGGAACCUAUUCAAGAAAAUGGCUUUUGGAGAUGGGGCAGAAUCAUCAGACCCGGGACUGGAGGUGAUAGGUCGAGAUAUAGUUAAGAAAUGCGCUGGGGUUCCCCUUGCCAUUAGGACUGUGGGAGGCCUGUUGUACGGCAAAACGAAAGAUGAAUGGCUCCGCUACAAGGUGCGUGAACUUCCAGAAAUACGAGAAAUCGAUGAGGCUGAUGAUGGAAUUAUGCAAGUCCUCAAGUUCAGUUACGAUCAUCUCCGGUCAAGCUUGAAACAUUGUUUUGCAUACUGCUCAUUGUUUCCGAAAGAUUAUGUCUACGAUAAAAAGAUGGUGAUACAUCUUUGGGUGGCACAAGGCUUUAUUGAGUCACCCAACGGGGAGGAUAACCUUGAAGAGGUUGCAGACAUGUACUUGUCAGAACUGCUGUGUAGGUCAUUCCUCGAUGUUGAUGAAAAAGGCGUGGAUGGAGAGGUCUGGACUUUCAAGAUGCAUGAUCUCAUGCACGAUCUUGCCCAAAAAGUUGCUGGAGGUGAAUGCAAGAUUGUUAAUUUUAAAGGAGGACAUAAUGAUAGAGGAAUUCGACAUGCGUCAUUUAUUUUAGAAUUUUUCUCUGAAGAGAAAAUGAUGUCUCCGCUCGAUCUACACAAAUUGCGGACACUAAUCUUCUUAGGAGGUUCAUGGCAUGUACUCAACUUCGACAGAGUUUUUUCUAGGGGUAAACAUUGUCGAGUGUUGCAUUUAGACUAUGCAGAUAUUCAUCUCCCUCUUUCCUCCAUUGAAAAGUUGAAGCACUUAAGUGAGCCACCUACCACCCUUGAGUGA